UCUCUCCUUCCCGUACACCAAGUCAAAAUGUCAUGCUCUCUUCCUCUCUCUCCUUGUCUACCCACAGCGCUGCAUAUAGUUAUACCUACUUGAAGAAGAAUUUAAUUUAAAAAAAAAAUAAAAAUAAAAACAAGAUGGUGUAGUUUAAGCAAAUAUAAGGCCACAUGGUGUGCUUUUAAAGAGCCAAACCAACAUCAUAUAUCUCCCAACUCUCUCUCUCUCUCUCUCUCUCUCUAAAACCACAAGAAGCAUUUGGGUUUUCCACCAAAUUCUCUCCACAUUCUCAACCAUGCAAGCCACAAACAAAUUCAACAAGUCCUUCCUCAAGCUCAUGAUCAAUGGUCUCAAGCUAGAUGGUGUCCAUUCCAAGAGCAUGAGCAUCCAAGAGAGGAAGAGGGCGAUCAAGCUCUCCGCUGACGCCGCCAUGGCUCUUGCUAGAGGCCACACCAAGUGGAGCAAUGCCCUCAUCACAAACCUCUCAAAGCAAGAAAAGCACACCACCGACAAUAACGCCUUUGAUCAUGAGAAGAACGUCGCCCCCAUUAAUAAGUGGAAGAUCCCUACAAGCAAGAAGAUCCUAGGAAAGAGCCUCCGGUACCGGUCGAGGAAGAAGAAUGCGGACGCAAGCAUUGUAGCUAGGAGAAUUGUGAAGAAGAGAACACAAGUGCUCAAAAGAAUUAUACCAGGGGGUGAGUCCUUGAAUAGCCUCUCUCUACUGGGGGAGACUCUGGACUAUGUCAUCCAUCUAAGAGCUCAAGUCAAUCUCAUGCAAUGCCUUGCGAACGCUCUCGGAGCCUCAACUCUCAAGCCUCGCAAGAGUAUACAUUGCAAGAAAGAGUUGGAUCAAGGAGGUGGGUAUUUUUUAGAGAGGAUGAAAUGAAUUCAAACAACAGUGGGCCAAAAAAGGUCUAAAGUGCGACAAGGAUCCAUUGAAAGUCAUGUGAAGCCUGUAUUCUCUCUCUCUGAAUUAAUCACUGAAAAGAGAUUUCCUCUUUAAGGACGGCAAUAAUGCAAGAGCAUGCGCAUAGGUUUUGUAUAUCUGAGCUUAGUAAUGUGCAGGCAGAGAAGGGUUUAGGGUUUUGAAAGCUAGAGGGGCCCCCUUCAUGUUAGACAUUACAUUAGCUAUUGUACUUUUGGAGUUGCAUGCAAGAUCAAAAGAAGAAUUUUCAUCAUGAGCUUAGAAAUAUUGUUUCUCAUUUUGUAAGUCAUAUACUUACAUUAUAUGGCUGCAUCAGUGAGCUUUCAUUUCUUUUUUUUU